AUGGCUCUUGUUGACUAUUCUUCUUCCGACUCUGCGGACGAGGACUCCGGCCCCGACUCUCGCCGCAUCAAGCGCCGGAAGGGUGCUGAUGGCACGGCGGCCCACUCCUCCCGAACGUCGGACACCAUUAGGACUCCAAGUAAUACAACUGCCGAUGCCGGCGCUCAGCCCCAAGUCAAGGAUGCCGAAGCUUCAUCCAUGCCUCCGUUGCCCGACACCUUCCACGAUCUAUAUGCUUCUACCGUUCGCCAGAGUGUAGUGGAUGACCCGAGCCUCCAUCAGGGACGGAAGCGCCAAGUUCCCCAUGUGGUUGGAAACUGGCCGAGUCAUCUCUACGUCGAGUGGCAUCCUUCCACGACACAGCAUGCCCUCUUGACAGAACUGUUGGCCGACAUUGAGAAACAGGCAUCGGGUGAGAUUGAGCUCUUCAACUUCUUGACCAGCGACCUGGGAUCUCCUCUGCCACUGCACAUCAGCCUGUCGCGUCCAUUAUCUCUCAGUACGGGCAACAAGGACGAAUUUCUAGACAGGAUCACACAAACGUUCACCAGCAGCGGCAUUGCUCCAUUCCUCGUUAGGCCUCGAGGACUUGCCUGGUAUAGGUCACCCGACUCGGAUCGAACAUUUCUCAUUCUUCGCGUUGCCAGUGGCGAGAGUAAGGCAGGAUCCGACAGCGAAGAGGCAGUACGGACCCCGAACCCAGAGCUCACCGCUCUCCUGGCAAAGAGCAACACCGUCGUGACCCAGUUCGGCCAGCCGACUCUGUAUCAGCGCAAUACAAAUGACGUGGAUACAAGAGAUGCUGUGGGCACUGCCUUUCACAUUUCCAUUGGAUGGACAUUUCAUCUUCCUGGGGACGAAUUAUCCCUCGAAACGUUGAGGUUAUUCAAGCAGAGCAAGUUUGCUGACAUCCGGGACUGGGAGAUCAACGUCACGGGCAUCAAGGCCAAGAUUGGAAACGUUGUCAACCAUAUUGCGUUGAAGGAGGCCGGACGAGGUACUGCUCCACCGUUGGGCUCUGUGCCAUUCCUAUAG